UUUGAUUCGUAUGUAAAAACGCAUGCAGUUCAUUACGGGUAUCUGAAGAAACCGUCUCGAAUGUGGAAUGAAACCCGUCGUGUCUUUAAGAUCCCCGCACUUCCGUCCGAUCCAGGUCCGGGGAUCCGUUGCGGGUGUUAGAGGGACCCAAUCCAUGUUGUGCUUCGCUCCCAUCAACAAGACUUAGUUUCUCCUAGUGGUGUACCUAAAGUUGGUAUUGCUGUGUAUCUUCCAAAAACAUGUCUGAUUUCGCGGAUGAUACCGGAGCAAGAGCCCUGUUGGCUCUAAAGUCUGCUCCCUGCAGCCCGGUGCGAGUGGCAGCAGGACCCAUGUACUCCCACUCGGCCGGUCCUGCAGGGAUUGAACCCGUAGCCCUAUCCCCUCCUCGGGCCCUGGCGCGCCUGGAAGGCAGGGACUUUGAGUUUGUAAUGCGGCUGCGGACGGUAACCAUCGGCCGUAACUCCUCACACGGAUCGGUGGAUGUGAACAUGGGCCACUCCAGCUUCAUUUCCAGGCGGCACCUGCAGAUUACUUUUGAGGAGCCGUUUUUCUACUUGCGCUGCCUGGGCAAAAACGGCGUCUUCGUGGACGGCGUUUUCCAAAGGAGAGGCGCCCCUCCGCUUCGGCUACCGAGAGAGUGCACGUUCCGGUUUCCUAGCACCGUCAUAAAAAUCCAGUUCACUGCACUGUUCCACCCGGAAGCAGUGAAGGAGAAUGCGUCGCUGUCCCCAGUCAGGCCGCUCUGCCCCCAGAUGUCCCCACUGAAAAUCAACAUUCCUGACAAUGACUUCAGGAACAUCUUGAGUCCUCUGGCCUCUCCAACAGGAACUAUCAGUGUCCCUAACUCCUGUCCCGCAAGCCCGCGUGGGGCCGGGUCUUCCGGCUUCCGAUUCGGCCGCAACAUCACCUCAGACCUGCAGCUGGCGGCCGAGUUCGCAGCAAAGGCUGUAUCAGAGCAGCAGGCCGACAGCUCAGGAGGGGACAGCCCGAAGGAUGAGUCCAAGCCUCCAUACUCGUACGCACAGCUCAUCGUCCAGGCUAUUUCUUCAGCGCUCGACCGGCAGCUCACGCUCAGCGGCAUAUACGCCCACAUCACCAAACACUAUCCUUACUACAGAACUGCAGACAAGGGCUGGCAGAACUCCAUCCGUCACAACCUGUCCCUAAACCGCUACUUCAUCAAAGUGCCCCGAUCCCAGGAGGAGCCGGGAAAGGGUUCUUUCUGGAGGAUCGACCCCUCCUCGGAGCCCAAGCUGGUGGAGCAGGCCUUCCGCAAGCGACGGCAACGAGGCGUGUCCUGUUUCCGCGCUCCGUUUGGCCCCCUGUCCUCCAGGAGCGCCCCUGCUUCUCCGACGCACCCUGGCCUUCUCUCCCCCCAUUCGAGUGACCUGCAGACCCCAGAGUGCCUAUCGAGGGAAGGGUCCCCCAUCCCCCACGAUCACGAGUUUGGGUCCAAGCUCGCCUCCGUGCCCGAGUAUCGCUACACGCAGAGCGCUCCGGGCUCUCCGGUCAGCUGCCAGCCGGUCAUCGUUGCGGUGCCCCCCCAGCCUGCCGCCAUGGCAGCCAAGCCGCUGACCUACACGCCGGUGUCCCUUAACCCCCCGGGUCACGCUCUCCAGGUGGUGCAGCAGACUCCGGCCGUCACUAUGGUGCGGGUCGUGACCACCUCCGCUGGAUCCUCUAACGGGUACAUCCUAGGCCAAGCCAAGCUGCCCGGGAGCAAGGAGGCAGUGGGGGAGGCCUAUAAUCAAGGCACUAUGGAUGAGCAGCCGGCCGUGAGCUACACGCCUGUGUCUACGCCUAGCCGGGUCAUCCAGGCGGUGAGCGGUAGCCAGCCGACCUUCACUGUGGUCCAACAGGCUCCCAUCUGCCUGGGCCAGCAUCAGCUGCCCGUCCGGCCCAUCACCCAGAACGGGAAGCACGCUGUCCCAGUCACCAGCAUCUCCAGCUCCAUCUACGCCAUAAACAGUCCUCUGCAGAUCCUGGCGGCCCAGGCCUCUAGCUCCUCCCCGGUCGUGGUGAACAGGCCGCCCAGCGUCGAGGCCGAGAGGCCGACCUCGGCCCCCGGCGAGCCCGAGGCCAAGCGGCCGAAGCGGGAGGAGGAAAGCGCAGCUCCAGCCCCCCAGCCUGUUAUUGUAGCAGUGAUGCCCCAGGACACCAGUGAAUAAGGCAGUGAGCGGUAACGGCAGCAGCAAAACAAACAUGCUGGAGGACUUGGUUUUUCCAGUGUGUUUCACAGUGUCCUAAAAACCCAACGUGCCAAACAGCGCAGAGAAGCGCAUCCUAUUGUGAACUUAGCAUAAAGUAAAGAGCAGCUCCGAAACUGAUAUUUCUCCUUGAAGUGACUAUAUCUGUUAAUCUUGGGAAAUGGAGGUAUUGCCCUCCGUUUUGAUUGCCAUUUUGAUGGAAAGACAUCCUUAAUACAGGGAGAGGAAGACAAUACUUAUAUUUUGUUGAAAUGUACAGCACUAAUUGUUGAUUCCCUUGGGGUUCCCUUGUAGUGGGCCAGGGUGGGACCAAAACUUACAUUAUCCACAGAUACCUUUAGCCUCCUACAUGAAGCAUUAGGCAUUGAGAAGAGAAUCCAGUGGUAUCUAAAAGUCUCGAUUUCGUAAAAAUAAAGUCUUGUUUUUUCAGGAAAACUUUAUUAGCUUUCUAAAAAAUGGAUUGUUACAGAUGUGAUUAAAAAGCUGCUUUUUCUGAAAUGGAAGCUAUAUGAUACAAAAAUAAAAAGUAUUUUGCUAUUUUAGAGCAUUAUGAUAUGAUUAAAAGAUUAAAAUGUAUUUUUAACAUCAUAGUUUGCGAUUUAACCUUUGGCCGAAUGGAAAGGCUUUUUUCUUUUUUUUUUUUUGAUAGCUCGGUUCCGCCAUUUGCAGUUCUGUCCACACUGAAGAACAACACGCCCAGCGGAAUUUAUGAUCAAUCGCAAAGAGGCUGGGCUGCAGUAGGCCUAGGAGCGACCCACGUUCAACACCAUGGUCCUUGGCUUUUAUGCCGAAUAGUUAGCUAAGUGCCGGAGAGGUUGCGGAAUCCGGCUAGUUAGGCAAAUGCCAGAGAGAGCGCAGUAUCUGGCCAGUUAGCCAAGUACCAGGGAGAUCGCGGUUUCUGGCCACUUAGCCGGCUGACAGGGAGAUUGCGGUAUCUGGCUAGUUAGCCGAGUGCCGGAAAGAUCGCGGUAUCAGGCUAUUAAAUUGUAUCGAAAUGCAGAUCUCUAGCUAAACUAUAUGUCAGGUGGGCCACCCUGGCAUUUGUCUGCAGGUUACAUUCUUGAACUGGUCACUUUAUAAUAACAAAAACAUAAAUUCUACGUUUUCAAAUUUGUGGCUUUGGUACAGCAGUUGCCUCAGUACUCCUGGGUCCCACUGUCACCUCGAUACAGGAAAGAUGAUGCUGUCCGGUAGCUUUAUGCAGGCCUGCCUGUCCAUUAACAUGUUGGUUUGCCUGAUGCCCAUGCACUUCUGGGAAAUGGUUGUCUCAGAAAUUCUUCAAGUUGAAAACCUGCUCUUUGGUCAUCACUGUACCCAUACUGUUACUUUUCAUCACACAUGUGACUGACACAUUUGGCCAAUGACUAUCUAAUUCUUGCGCCGUGUUUGGUUUUACCAGGGCUCCAACAGCUCUUAAUGAGUUACUCACUACUGAUAAAUACAAGUAACUUUUUCAAAUAUCGUUGGACUUUGAGUGCAUUGAAAGGAAACGCAGAGGCUCUGCCUUGCAUGUGCUUGGUUUAACAUUGAGCAGGUUGCCGAAGCAGCACCACGAGAUCAGUUAUUACAAGAAAUGGUUUGUGUUUCAAGGAAAAGUUUCAACUGGAAAAAUUUCAGCUGCUUCAGCACUUGUAGACAUGACCUUUUCAGCUAUAACAGGCUUGGUUCUGGGCCUGGUUUAAGGGGGUUAUUUUUGCCUUUUUGACAUAGUGUGGCGUCUUUCAGACUGUACAGUAAACAUUCAGGAUAGCUAAGCUAACCCUAACCAGUAGGCUGGUCAUUGGCCUCAGCUGUUUCAUUAAAAUCUUCCAUAAUAACCUAAAGGUGGCCUGAUCAUUUAGCUUUGAUAAAACUCCCUGGUUUGGGCAAAACAUGUCUUCUCAAUGAAGAAGUCCUGUCUCAUCAUUUGAAUAAGGAUACAACUAAUGGGUGAUUUGAAACGGAGCCAGAUUUAUGGAUGUAUUUUGUAAUAAAUAUAUAAACAACACUGCCAGGUUUUGACUAUAGUGGUAAUCUGAAGAGAUAAAUUACAACUGAAGGCAGUAAAUCAUUUUCCCAGGCCAUAAAACAGAGAAAUUUUAAAGAUUAUAACCUAGUUCUGUAUAACAGCACUUUCCUCACGCUUUUUUUUAUUUUUUAUUUCAUUCUAGACAUGUCAGCAUUAAUGAGUAAUGCGUCUGUGAAAAGCAGACCCUGCUAUCAGUGUAGAGAUGUCAGAGAACAAGUGGAAUGUAUGUUGAACACAAACAUAUGUGUGUCAGGUCUGACUCCCGCAGGCGAGAUGUUCUUCAGCUGAAGUGCCUUAAGUCACUAAUUUAACAAUGAAUGUAAUAAUCGUUUAUAUAUAGUGCAAACCAUAUUUUACAGAAUAUUUUGGGACUUAGUAGUAAGAGAUGUCAAGAAAAGAGCAUAUUUUAUGAACCAGAUUUUCCCCCCAAAAUUAAAAAAUAAAACUUGCACUGUAAUAUGUCUGUUCACUCUUUAUUAAGUUGAAUUGAUAUUAUUUACGCCCGUUGUCACUGAACAAGAUUAGUCCUUUAAGAUAAGUAUUUGCAAGACAUAUAUAACAUUUUAAUAGUGCAUUCACAAGACAUGCAGCAUGUCUUAAGCAGUUUUGAUUCACUAAAAUAACAAUGCAAAUCUUGUUUUACAGUUAUUCAGCACCAUAACACCUCACAAGCUCUUUUCGUCUGUGAACAGUCCCGUCUCAGGCCGACCUCCACUGUGUCCUUAUCGCAUUCUGCUCUCGUGCCGAGCUAAACUUUCUAUGUUUGUGCCUCUGGCAGCCGACCACACAGAGAUGAUUGUGACUUAGAGUCAUUUCCCUCAUUGUCGCUCCUUUCCGCCGGUAUCACUCUGGGUUUUCAAAGGUGUCUCUUUGCGAUGUGAUGAGUCCAGGUCAUUCCGCCACCUUUUGAAUCUGUUGCACUUCAUCAUGCUGUAAGGAGUCGUGCUACGAAUGUGUCCAUGUGUCUGACUCUGUUUCUAAAUUUGUACUGACUUAUUUUGAAAGAGGUGAGAGCGCACGUUUGAAUUUCAUUAAUUCUCAGAAUAUUCUGUCUUUGAGUGUAUAAAUGUUAAAACAGUAGCAAAUAAAGUUGAAAUCAUUUUUAUUUACAGGUGGAACUUGGUGUUUAUCACUUGCUUGUUGGAUUUCAAUUUGAAUAUAAUUUAGUAGCAAAAGUUUUAAUAUAAAAGUUUUUUGUCUGCACCACGUAUAUUUUUGUUAGAAAUGAUGUUGUUCGUGUGUUCGGCUCAGAGUAAUAUGAAAUUUGAAUGUACUGCCCUUAUAAAUUUAAGAUGUCUGGUUUAACUGGAUUAAUUACUAGCAGGUGGUUGUUGGGGUGAUACGGUUUAACCCCCCUGCUCAUGCAAGCCUUUGGUAUGGAAGCUCGAGCCCCUAUUUCUGUUAUUUGUAGACACUAUAUAUAAUACAGAGAAUGUUCUCCACUGUAAACUUGUCGUCAUUGUUUUCAUUGGGAAGUAAAGAAUUUAUUUGCUUAAUUCACUUAUUGUACAGACAGCAUGAGAUAUGUAUGACGACUAUACUGUUUUAUAAUUCUAGGGAAUGUUCAGAUUUAAAAGGUUAUUACUGCCAGGGAUGAUCGUUGACGGGAACCGUGGGGCUUCUCUUAUGCCUCUUGGUACGAUGUGAUCUGAUUGCAGCAUUGACUCCAUUCCGUUUGUGGCUGUAACCCUCUUUGCGAGACCAGCUCUGUCUUUCUUGCAGAUUAAUCUUUCAGAGAUUAUUUCAGAUAUCGACCCAGUAAAAAUGGAGCAGAUGACUAUUAUUUUUCUGGAAAAAAGAAUUUCCCAUUUGUAGCCAGUGUUAUAGAAUUCAGAUGUCUUUACGUAGUAUUUGGUGUUAUAUAAACUUAAACUUUUUCUUUAAUGUCAUUAAGGUUGUUUUUUCUUUUUUCCUUUUUCAAAAGUUGGAUAAUGAUGCCACUGAAAAGAACAGAUAUCAGAACUACUAAUGGAGUCAACUAAUGAGGACAGAAAAGUGUAACUGAGACAGGAAAAAUGAUUAAUAAAAUGCUUGUUCAAGGGGAAGCUCUUCAUGUGUCAAACCUCAACUCUGAAUAUAAAUCUUGUUCUUUAACAUUUUAGGGAUGUUUUUAUUUAUUGCCCCUGGCUUUUAAUUUUUCUUAUAUUUUUUGUAAAUAUGAUUAAUGGACAUCUCUUGAUUGUCAGUUUAAUAGCUCAGAAUUUUGAUGUGAGCUCCUCUGUUAUUAAUAGAAAUGGGGAUUGAUAGGAAAUGGGCAUCAUACCUGAAACGACCUCUUGUAAGUCGUUUGUUCUCAGCAUUGACAUGUCAGCUAACCAUAGUCCCCUCGGCAGUUUGGCAUUUACAUGUAGCUGAAUUCCGACAUGGGGCGGCAUGGUGGUGCAGCGGUUAGCACUGUUGCCUCACACCUCUGGGACCCGGGUUCGAGUCUCCGCCUGGGUCACAUAUGUGUGGAGUUUGCAUGUUCUCCCCAUGUUGUCGUUGGGUUUUCUCCGGGUACUCCGGUUUCCCCCCACAGUCCAAAAACAUGCUGAGUCUAAUUGGAGUUACUAAAUUGCUUGUAGGAAUGCAUGUGUGAGUGAAUGGUGUGUGAAUGUGCCCUGCGAUGGGCUGGCCCCCCAUCCUGGGUUGUUCCCUCCCUCGUGCCCAUUGCUUCCGAGAUAGGCUCCGGACCCCCCGCGACCCAGUAGGAUAAGCGGUUUGGAAACUGGAUGGAUGAACGAAUUCCGACAUGAGCUGCAUGAAUGCAGUCCUUCCAUGUCUGAUAUGGAUUUGUUACGGAGGUGAGCUGCACUGCCAUAGUCAGUCGUGCUUUUUUCACACUCUGCUUAAUUGUAUUUGCAUGUUUUAUACCACUGCUCUGAAACUGUUUUUAAGUAACCACUGCAAGCUAAGUCAUCAGAACACUUGAAAUUCACCUUAUUCAUCUUAUGUAAUCCUGUUUCACUUUGAUAUCAUUUGAUAUCACAUAACCUUCAAUGCUGUCCUUUGAUAAAUCAGGCCACUGCCCUCCCAGAUAGGGUAUAAUAGUAGCAAUUUACAGAUCUGGUGGCAUUUCUUGUGAAACUUGUCUUGCAUUGAAAUAAAGGGAAGUAAAAACUUUACAGUUAUUUCACACACACAGAAAAAAACAAUAGUUAAAUCUCAUGUCAUUUGCAGGGUGGAAUGGACUUGGUGUUCUGUGAAAUUGCAGUGUGAUUUCAGGUUGUGUCAUUUCAGUGAACGAGGGCAGCCUUCCCUGUGGUACAAAGGUAUUGGUGUCCUCUAGAACAUUCCACCUUAAUUAUCCCCCUUUAGGGCCUUGCAAGGCAGGGUGAUACUGUGCAGUGAGAUGUUUUGAAUUUUGCUGUACAGGUACGAUGCCUGCCAGCCCACUCACUCCUGGGACGGUACCAAGCCUGUGAUCUUUAACAAGCUGCCCAUGCAGUUGUUGGUUGUUCAGACUGUCCAUGCCAAGCUUCACUGGGCCUGGUACCACCUUGCAGCUGCAUGGCAAGAAUAAACCCUACUGAAGCCA